GAGCUAAUAAAUGCAUACCUGAUUGGUGGCGCGCUAAAAGCGAGAGGUGAUAUUUUGGAGGCAUGGCUGAAAGUGUGGCUCUGGCUGGUCAUGAUGAAUCAGAGCAACAGAGUUCAGAAGCUACUGAAUGGUGCAGAAGGAAAAUCCAGUGGGGCUCCAGGCCAUGUCAGGUAGCAGCUGUGCGGCCUAUGACAAGAAACGAGAACCCAGAACCAAGUGGGCUACAUGCUGCUCGUUCACCUUCACCAGCCCACUCAUCCAGUCACAUGAACUGGUCGUCUACAGGUUCCCCACAAACGGCCUUUGCAGGUUUCAGGCAUUUGGACCGUUUGCAGCAGCACCCGUUCUCCUUUGAUGAACGUGACUCCUUACAAAGAGUUGCCCGUGAAAGAAGGCUAGAGCGGCUGAGGGAAGAAAGGGUGCAGAUAAUGGAUUCAAGAUUCCAAGCUAACCCAGUGAGAAGGUACAAGCCACUGGUGCUAAAGCAGAGCACACGUCCUCUGACAGUUCCUCGAUCACCGUUCUCUCGUGUGAGGCAUACAAAUACGUAGUAUUUAUUUAAAGUAAAAAAAUUGUGCUUUAAUUAUUGUGAAUUUUUAUUUUAUUAUGUAUUUUGUGUAAUAAAAGAGUCUAUGAGCGACCUA